GUCUUGAGGCGGCGGCUAGAGGACACCGGCAAGAUGGCGGCGGCGUCUGGGCUGGUGCGGAGGCCCCUUCGGCAGGUGUCUGGGCUGCUGAGGAGGCGCUUCCACCGGACGGCGCCGGCGGCGCUGCAGGUGACAGUUCGUGAUGCUAUAAAUCAAGGGAUGGACGAGGAGCUGGAAAGAGAUGAGAAGGUUUUUCUGCUGGGGGAGGAAGUUGCCCAGUAUGAUGGGGCAUACAAGGUUAGUCGAGGCCUGUGGAAGAAAUACGGAGACAAGAGGAUCAUAGACACUCCCAUAUCUGAGAUGGGCUUUGCUGGAAUUGCAGUAGGUGCAGCUAUGGCUGGUUUGCGGCCCAUUUGUGAAUUUAUGACCUUCAAUUUCUCUAUGCAAGCCAUUGAUCAGGUUAUAAACUCGGCUGCCAAGACUUACUACAUGUCUGGGGGCCGUCAGUCUGUGCCCAUAGUCUUCAGGGGGCCCAAUGGUGCUUCAGCGGGCGUGGCUGCUCAGCAUUCACAGUGCUUUGCUGCCUGGUAUGGGCACUGCCCAGGCUUAAAGGUGGUCAGCCCCUGGAAUUCAGAGGAUGCAAAAGGACUUAUUAAAUCAGCCAUUCGGGAUAACAAUCCAGUGGUGGUGCUGGAGAAUGAAUUGAUGUAUGGAGUUCCUUUCGAAUUCCCUGAUGUAGCUCAAUCAAAAGAUUUUCUGAUUCCUAUUGGAAAAGCCAAAAUAGAAAGGCAAGGGACGCAUGUGACCGUGGUUUCCCAUUCAAGACCUGUUGGCCACUGCUUAGAAGCUGCGACAGUGCUGUCUAAGGAGGGAAUUGAAUGUGAGGUGAUAAAUAUGCGUACCAUUAGACCAAUGGACAUUGAAACCAUAGAAGCCAGUGUCGUCAAGACAAAUCAUCUUGUGACCGUGGAAGGAGGCUGGCCACAGUUUGGAGUAGGAGCUGAAAUUUGUGCCAAGAUCAUGGAAGGUCCUGCAUUCAACUACCUGGAUGCUCCUGCAGUUCGUGUCACUGGUGCUGAUGUCCCUAUGCCUUAUGCAAAGAUUCUAGAAGACAACUCUAUACCUCAGGUCAAAGACAUCAUAUUUGCAAUAAAGAAGACGUUAAACAUCUAGUUUGGUAUUAACUAUUAAAUCGUUGGAAUUUCCUAUUGAAAAUACUUGCUGAUAUUUCACCUGGAUUGUACUGAAGACCUUACUCAGAAAGCAAUCUCUAAAGCAGCACCAUGUUUUUGUGCUGGGAUGAAGUCUAAAUGUGCUUGUGUAUGGAGGAACUCCCCGGGAUUUUUUUUUUUUUUGGGGGGGGGGGCUGUUACAUUGCCAGGUUCUUUGAACAAGACUGAUAUAAAAUGUUACUGUUUCACUAGACGUACAAGGUAUGAAUGUGGCCUGAUGAAAGAUACAGCCUAAAAGGUAACUUAUGUGUAUAAAAGUGUAUCAUCUACAUUUACUCUUAGAUUGUUUUGAUAUGGAAUAAAGGAAUUCCUGACUAUGA